AUGGCCAAUAUUGCCCCUCAGGGCAUCGCAACUCAGCUCUCUGUCAAUGGACUGAUCGGAGUGACCUGGACUGGUGCCGGGUUAGGCAUCAUCUUCGCCUCCAUUCGCUUCGCGAUCCGCAUCCAACGCAUGAAGCGUCUCCUGGCCGACGAUUACUUCGUUCUCCUGGCCCUGGUCUUCCUUGUCACCAAUGCAAUUCUCCAGACUCUGCAAGCCCCGCAUCUUUAUUACAUGGUGUUGAACGUCACCGGUCCUGAUAUCGUCCAUCAUGCUCUCAAGUACACGCAUUAUGAGUUCGUCAUCAUCGGCAUUUUCUGGUCGGUGCUCUGGAGCAUCAAGGGUUCAUUCCUUGCGCUGUUUUGGCUCAUUUCGGAUGGCUUGCCGCAUUAUCGUCGGGUAUGGUGGGGAGUUGCAACGUUCGCGGUAUUGGCGUAUAUUGGAUGCUGGCUGGCGUCGAUCUUGAAUUGUCAUCCUCCGUCGGAUUAUUUCAAAUUCGGAAAAUGCACCAAACCGGUUGACAUCCAAGGAUCUGUCAUUUCCAUCUGCUACAGUACGGCUGUCGACAUCAUCACCGACUUGAUGAUUAUGUACCUCCCCCUCCGCAUCCUGUGGAAGACCAAGAUGAACCUCCACCAGAAGCUCGGCCUAGCAACCGUCUUCUGUCUCGGAUUUAUUAUCAUCGCUGCAGCCAUUAUCCGUGCUGUGGCAAUCACCGGCAAAGCGUACUCGGAUCAAGCCGCUCUGGCCGUCUGGAGUAUUGCCGAGUCCUCAAUCUCCAUGAUCGUCGGCUGCCUACCUCCCUUCAAGACCUUUAUCACGAGCAAUGCCAGCAGCGCCAACUACAACUACAAUUACAACUCGUCCGGGCAAGCGGCAAACCACUACAACCGCAGCGCCUCCUCAGCCCGUAUCAAAAAACGCUCCAUCACCACCAACAGCUGGAGUGGACUCCCUAUUCAACUGCAAGAGAGAAACCAGAAUGCGUACCAGAAUCUAGAGUAUGAAACUCAAGGGAAACAUGACGUACAUAUUGCAGGGGGAGUGAAUGUGCAUGCCGUCCCGUCACCAGAGAUCUCCCGCUUGAGUCUCUCAGAGGAUGACUCUGGGCAUGGUGAAAUCAGAAUGGUGAAAGAAUUCAGUGUGGUAACUUCAAAAUGA